UUUUACUUGAAUUGAAAUUCUUUUUUAUUUUUAGAAGCAAUAUGUAUGCUUAAAAUUAAGAAUGCUCAAUUAAAUUCACUAGCCAUUAUAAUAAAUAUUAAAGGUUAAAUUCUGCUGUUAGUCCCUGAACUUGUAUAGAAUUUGAGAAUUGGUCUCUGUACUUUAAAAAUUAAAUCCUCUUAAUUUUUCAAUUUAAAAAUCUUAGUUCAAUAAUUAUUAUUGCCAGUAGUUUUUGUCAAAAUUUGUCAAGUUAACAUUUUUUUUCAAUCCUAUAACACAAUUAUAUGCUUCAAUAGGAAUCACGCACACAAAGGUAAAUUGAUACAAUAUAAACCUCUCGUAAAAUGCCCCUAUAACCCAGUAGAUAAAGUACAUUACAUAGUUUGUUUUAAGCAUUGACAACUUACCCAUUUCAUGACUUUGGCAUUGGACAUUCUAAAAAUGGGUACUAUCGGGUUGGGUGAAUUCAAUAAUAGAUGCCUAGCGGCAUUCUAGCUUUUCUUCUCCUUUCAGGAUCUAUCCGAAAGAGAAUUCAGAUCUUCUCGAUCAUGAAUACCUAAAUAGGGCGAAUCACCUAGUGGAUAUCUUUGCUUUGGAACAAAACAAUUAGAAUAGAAUUAGGCUCGGUCAAUUGGAAUGUGUAUUAUCCAUAUAUUAUCCACUAUUUUAAUAAUUGAAUUGAGAUUUUUAAAUAAAAAAAUAAGACUAUUUUUAACUUUUUUUUAAAUAUGGACUAAAUCUCAAAAUUUGUCAAAGUAUAGGGGCUAAUAGCAAAUUUUAACCAAUAUUAAAAUACUUGCUUGAAUUUUUAAAAAUAAUCGAACGGAAUGGAAUGGAAUUAAUUUUUAUUUAUAAUUGCUCUCUCCCAUUGCUGAGUACUCUUUGAAAAUUGUUUGCUUUGUUCUUCGGUUUUAGUGACAGUUCUUAUGAACAGAAGUACUGUCAAAAUCUCGCGCGCUUUUAUUCAAAAACCCAAACAAUCAAAUACCCUUUUUCAGUAUCUCAAUCUUCCUUCGGAAUCUUUCACUACAAUUUCUUGUAAUGCAAAUUCUCAUUCCCCCAAAUAUAAAUUUUUACUCUCCGAUCACCUAAAGAACCGAAGAUUGGAUGAAGCUCGUGAGGUUUUAAACAAAAUCCCAUACCCUGGGGUGCAUUUAUACACCAUGAUGAUCGACGGGUAUGCGUUGAAUCAUCGGCUUGACGAUGCAAUUCAACUGUUCGAGAAAAUGCCGGUGAGAGAUACCGUUUCGUGGAAUUCAAUGAUUAAAGGGUGUUUGAAUGGCGGGGAUUUAAUUACGGCCAAGAAGCUUUUCGAUGAAAUGCCUGGACGGAAUGUUGUUUCUUGGACGACAAUGGUAAAUGGGUAUUUGCAGUUUGGGAAAAUCCAGGUGGCUGAGAGGUUGUUUUUUGAGAUGCCUGUGAAGGAUGUUGCGGCGUGGAAUUCAAUGAUUUAUGGGUAUUUGAAGUCUGGUAGAGUUGAUGAGGCGGUUAAUUUGUUUAGAAAGAUGCCAUCUAGGAAUGUAAUUUCAUGGACUUCAAUGAUUGAUGGGUUGGAUUAUAAUGGAAGAAAUGAUGAAGCUUUAAUUUUUUAUAAAAAGAUGGUGGGUUUUGGUGUUAAGCUGAGUUCAAACACGGUUUCUUGCGUGUUGAGAGCUUGUGCAAAUGUCAUGGCUUUGCAUUUGGGUGUUCAAACUCAUUGCCAAGUAGUUAAAUUGGGGUUUUCUUUUGAUGAAUUUAUAUGUACUUCGCUUUUAACUUUUUAUGCAAACUGCAAGCAAAUGGAAAAUGCUUGCAAGGUUUUCAAUGAGAAACUGCAUGGGAAUGUGGUAAUAUGGACAGCUCUCUUGACUGGUUAUGGCUUGAACCAUAAGCAUGAAUCUGCAUUGAUGGUUUUUGGAGACAUGAUACGAAUGGCUGUCCUCCCAAAUCAAUCAUCUUUCACUAGUGCUUUGAAUUCGUGCAGUGGAUUAGAGGCUCUAGACAAGGGUAAAGAGAUCCAUGCCGUGUCUGUCAAGCUAGGUCUGGGCUCUGAUGUAUUUGUUGGUAAUUCUCUAAUUGUACUGUAUACUGUAUGUGGGAGUAUUAAUGAUGCUGUAGCUGCAUUUAGUAAUAUUGGUGAGAAAAAUGUCGUCUCGUGGAACUCCAUUAUUGUUGGAUCUGCAAAGCAUGGUCAAGGUAAGUUGGUUCUCACACUCUUUAGCCGGAUGAUACGUGAUGAAGUUGAUCCGGAUGAGAUUUCAUUCACGGGGUUGCUUUCUGCUUGCAGCCAUUCUGGGAUGUUGCAAAAAGCUAGAUGCUUUUUCGAGUAUAUUAGUCGAUAUAAAUCCACUGCAAUAAAGCUUCAGCACUAUGUUUGUAUGGUUGAUGUCCUGAGUAGAUGUGGUAAAUUGGAAGAAGCAGAGGAGCUAAUUAAAAAUAUGAAGGUAAAACCGAAUUCUAUAGUAUGGCUAGCUUUGCUUAGUGCUUGUAGGAUGCAUUCUAACUUAGGAGUGGCUGAAAGGGCUGCAAAAUCGAUCCUUGAUCUUGAACCGAAUUGCAGUGCUGCUUAUGUUUUGUUGUCAAAUAUAUAUGCUUCUGCCGGUAAAUGGAGUGAUGUCUCAAGAAUGAGAGUAAGGAUGAAACAAGCAGGGAUCGUGAAACAACUAGGUUGCAGCUGGGUUACUUUGAGGGGAGUGCGACAUGAGUUUGUUUGUGCAGAUAGAUCUCACCCUCUUAGUGAAAAAAUAUAUCAAAAGCUGGACUGGUUGGGAGGGAAGUUGAAGGAGUUUGGGUAUGUUCCAGAUGAGAGUUUUGCCCUGCAUGAUGUGGAGGAUGAGCAGAAGAAAGAGAUGUUGUUGUAUCACAGUGAGAGGCUUGCUGUUGCAUUCGGAUUGGUGACUACCGCAGAGGGCAGCACAAUAACAGUGAUGAAGAAUCUUCGUGCAUGUGGCGAUUGUCACAGUGCCAUUAAGCUCAUAGCUAAGAUCGUUGGGCGUGAAAUCAUUGUAAGAGAUUCUACACGCUUUCAUCACUUCCGAAAUGGGAUGUGCUCUUGUGGGGAUUAUUGGUAGCAAAUUACAAGGGUUGCCUUGCUAAUAACAUUUUGAUCGUUCACUGAAGUUAAAGCUGUUUUCUUUUCAUUUCCAACCCCCUUGGAUUUACCUUUCAGUCUACAAAGAAGUAAAUCAAGCUAAAAAUCCAUGUAGAAAGAACUGGAGUGUGAAGGGCUAGAAGUGCAAGGAAUUGAAGGUUUGGGUCACAAAAGAGGGGCAAAAGGUUGCAGCAGUAAGGGGCAAAACUGGUGUGAAGGAAUUUGAGACCAGAUGAAUUGGUUUGGCUGGCGUAAGUGGUCCUGAUGAAAUUGGACGAAAGGCAUUAACUGAAGCUUUAGCUGAAAAGUUCAGACUAGAAAAGACUGAAGAUCUUAACUGUUGUUAAAGAAAUGCAAUUCCAUAAUCUUGGAAAAGUUAAUAGGAUUAUAUGUUUAAUUUUGUGCUUAAAUUA